UUUGAGCAAAAGGCUCUUUAAAGGGGCUGUCCUAUCCAGGCUUCCCAGCUGGGGCUACUGGCCAGCUGCCAAGUUGCCCACCACUUUUUUUUUAAAACCUAGAGACAGAAAUCUUCCUCGGCAUCGCAUCUCACUCAUGCCCCCAAGACCAGUUUAAUUUCAUCGAUCGAUCGAUCGAUCAAUCACCAGCACUGGCAGCACACCCACACUUGCAUGCUUGAUCUAUCUUGUUAUUUGCGUGCAUGGAGGGAAGCAGCCAGCUGGAGACCUUCCUUCCUAGCCUCUACGCGCUCAGUCCAUGCGCCCCUCCUCCGCCCCCUUCUCUUCUUGCUCCGUUGCCGAGCCAGCACAAGCUUCUGCAGAUGCCGUUGGUCCAGGAGCAGGCAGGAAACCAUGCCGUGAUGCUCUCUUCGGACCACCACUGCAGUCUGUACCCGCUGCUACUUCCUGGGAUCCCGUUCUGCUCCUCCGGCGCCGAGGCCUGCGAGAAACCCACACUGCUGGACGCCGGCGAGGCGGGCACCUCGGCGGCAAAAUCCGGCGGCGAGAUCGGUAGUACCACCAGCACCACUUGCCACGGCACAAGUUCAUGGUGGAAGGGAGGCCCAGCUGCGGCAGCGGAGAAAGGGAGGAUGAAGGUCAGGAGGAAGAUAAGGGAGCCGAGGUUCUGCUUCCAGACCAGGAGCGACGUGGAUGUGCUGGACGACGGCUACAGGUGGAGGAAGUACGGCCAGAAGGUUGUCAAGAACAGCGUCCAUCCAAGGAGCUACUACCGGUGCACCCACAGCAACUGCCGCGUGAAGAAGCGGGUGGAGCGGCUGUCGGAGGACUGCCGCAUGGUGAUCACCACCUACGAGGGCCGCCACACCCACUCCCCCUGCACCGACGAAGCCGACGACGCCGGCGGCGGCCACACCGGCAGCUGCGCCUUCACCUCGCUCUAGUUAGAUCGACGCGCGCAUGCAAGCUUAAACUAGCUACUGCACCAUAUACAUACUGCAUGCAAUACAUGGAUCAAUCGAGCUGUGUAGUGCCCUGAGCUGAGCUUGAUGCUUCUGAUGAAUACAUCAGACAAGUUAAUUGUUCAGUAGUAGCUUGUGCCUAUAUAUGCAUCUCAAGCUAGCAACUAAUGCUGUAAAAUGGACGACGCCACCAAUCAUUCUGUGCAUGCACAUCUCUAGAAAGAAACCAACCAAUCGGUUCGCUGCAAGGUCGAUCCUAUUCUAUGGGGAUGCAUAUCGUUACAUGCAUAUGAUACAUGUGAACAUCUGAUGCUGUUAGAAUGGUACGCGUGCCGGCUUAAAGUCCUAUGCAUGUAAGGCACAAAAAGCGAGGCCACCUUGCUGUUGUAGGCGGUACAGGAAUUUGUAUUUACCUAGUUAUAAUUGUA